AUUGAAAACAAUUUUGGGAGUUUGCAAUGAAAUUCAAUUGAAAAAUGAAAUCAAGUGAAUCGUUUUCUAUACGAACGCCAUUUGUAGCAGUUAUUGAACAAUAAUAGUGUUUGCGAUAGUGAAAACGUGAUUUAUUUCGGAGUGUGUAACAACAGUAUAAAAGAAAUAACAAAAAGAAAACCAGUUGCAUGAAAAAAGCGAUAAAUUUAUUGACACACAACUUAAAAAUGCAUAUAAUAAUUCCGUUCUUAUAUCAUUAACGUCGUUCUAAAAAUUUCAAAAGAGCCAAUAUGCACAUGCAUAAGAAUCGGUACUGAUUUAUUUAAGAAUUAAUGUUAACGUAAACAUCAGCCAGCGGUGAAUAUAAUUGUUUUUGUUUUUGUCAUUAUGAGACGUUAUUUGAUGCUGAGAUUUUCGAAGCGUGAUUUUGUGCACAGAUUUAGAAGUCAAGAUAAAUAAACGUAAUAAAUAUUUGUUAUCAUUGUUAUUGAAUGUCGCCUUCGAUUUCAACUUGGAAUCGCUAAACGCGAUCAACAAACAUAAACACAAUAAAUCAGCUAAAUGACCAAAGGUAGCAAGUCGCUUUUUUCUCAACACGACACAUAGACUGGCUUGGUUUAUUUUGAUUUAAAAUUGAAUCGUUAAAACACUGUAUUAAGCAAAUAAAAACUAAAAUCGCACACCCUCAGAAAUCAAAUGAAAGCAGAACAAAAUUCAACCGUAAAUCAAUUCUAAAAUUAGAUGAGUUUUUCUAGUGUACAGCAUAAUGUCCCGAAGGAAACAAUCAAAUCCAAAACCACUGCUAAAAAACGAAAGCGAAAAUUCAGUACGAAACAUGGCUAUAUUACAACAAGAUCCAGAAAGCAUUUCAACCGAAAUAGACGACGAACAGAGUACAGUGGCCAGCGACGAUAACACAUUAGCGCGGUCACAAUCAAUUAGCGAAAGUGAUAAAAAAGAUACGCCUGCGAAUGAUGCAUCGCCAUUAUCAUUAGAAACGAGUUCGCACAGCAGCACUCCUGCCACAUCGACAACACCCAUUGCAUCACCAAACUUACCGAUCGAUAUAAAAAUUGAGACGAAAACCACUGGCUCAACUGAAUUGAAUAGUACCAAUAUUGAACUACCAAAAUUGCGAUUGAAUAUAACGCUUGCAUCGGAUCCAGCAUUGCAGCCAGAAGCAAAAGAUAUACAAAGUAUACGAGCGAAUACGGUUGAAAAUUACGAAACUGAAUCAAACUGUGAUGAUGAAAUACAAGAAGAUUCCAUAUCACCGCCCAUACUUUUGCACGAAGAUAAUGGACCACCACCUGAAAAGAUUCGUAGACGACAUGAUUCAACGUUUCGGCCAUCUGGAAAUAAAUUUGUUGUUAAUUUGCAACAAAACAUUAACCCAGCCGACAUCCUUCCACGAGUGCCAGCAUUCAUUUGUCAACCGUGUGGCAUUAAAUUCUCAUCCAUUUCAACACUGGAGGCUCAUCAAACAUUCUACUGCACUCACAACAAAAAAGAUACCGAAGACUCGAAUAAUCCACUGAAAGUGAUAUUAGUCGAUGACGGCAGCAGCACUGAAUCAGCAACAAAAACUGUUCGCACCACCAAACAAUAUGGAUGUAAUCAAUGCUCGUAUAGUGCUGAUAAGAAAGUUUCAUUAAAUCGUCACAUGCGAAUGCAUCAAACAUCACCAACCUCCAGUUCGGUCACAUCGAAUGGUGAUGAUUGUUCUAGUCAAAUUCAACCAUCUCUACAGCAACCACAACAACCAAUACAGUUGCAUCAAGUCGACCGAUACUGUACGGAUUGUGACAUUCGAUUUUCAAAUACAAAAACAUUUCGUGCUCACAAAGAAUUUUAUUGUGGUAAUAGACAUCGAGAUGGACCGGGUCCACCCACUUCUUCUACAAAAAACGUCACCCAAAAAACCGUUCAACCGAAAACCACGGAGGAGAAUAACAAAUUUCCAGAAACGAUCGGACCAACUCAACCCUUUUUGGCACUACCUACAACGCCCAUUAUUAUCAUACCAUAUUCUUUGAUUCGAGGAGCAAAUGUAUUGCCAGGACCUUUGAGUGUAUCGGCUGGAAUAGCGAAUCCCGAUUUGAAUUGUUAUGUUUUGCAAAAUGGAUCAUUGCAACCAAUAGCUCAAGCCAUUUCAGUACCAAGUGUAAGUAAGGGGCAAUCGACAAGACCACAAACACCCGUCGCCAAGACAUCGACACAACCAAGCGAUUCAGAAGUUAGUCCAAAUCAUCUAGAAACAACAUCGAAAGUUGCUAAACGAAACACAAAUAGCCGAGAGGGAAAUACAACGCCAUUGGACUUAUCGGUACGACGGUUAUCUGUCGACCGUUCGUAUAGAGAACGUUCGGCAUCAAUUUCAUCUUCUAUAUCGGGUGACUUACAGCGAACAAAUAUUGAUGCUCUAAAUGAUGGCAAAGAGAACCUAUUACUAAACAGCAGUAACUCUGCAUCGCCGGAGCAAAUUGUUUGUGCACCAUCAUUGCCCGGAUCUCCACCCCCAUUGACUCCAUCACCAAAACGUAGCUCGAGCAGUCCACGUGGUAUUCUAACGCUGUCACCAAGCUCUCUUGCUUCUAGUCUUCAUUUGAAUCAACCAAAUGCGCAGACAGCUUCAACUAUUCUUCGACCAUUAUUGGUCAAUGAAUUAACGGCACGUAUGGCUGAUUCGAAUUCGGUUGCUGCAGUUUUAAAUUCUUCAGCACAGCACUUGCUUGAUGGUCAAAACUUCGAUUUAGCUCUAAAUAUCGCAACAAAUGUAAACAAUGUUCCGUUACCAAUUGCAAAAACAACAUCACCAAUUGCAGUAGCGGCUGGCAUUACAAAAAAACAAAUUGUUGGUGCAUCAACCGCAUUGCCGCUGGUUCAACCACAAAUUUUUGUAAAGCAAGGUGUAUCAAAAUGCAAAGAGUGUAACAUUGUGUUUUGCAAAUAUGAAAACUAUUUGGCACAUAAAAAACACUACUGUUCGUCAAGAAAUAUUGAAGAAAAUACAGAAGGAAAAGUAAAACCAAGUCCACCCACAUCCCCACUGGCAGCAGCGAAUCAAACUGGAAACUCGGCUGGAACAAUACACGGUGCAUAUCAACAAUUAAUUUGUGCGGCUUGUGGAAUUAAAUUUACAUCACUUGACAAUUUAAAGGCGCACCAAACAUAUUACUGCACAAAAAGAAUUGAAGUUCCAGCGGUGGUCAAGGAUAAAUGUACCAAAUGCAAAAUGUUCCAUGAUGCAUCGCAAACGUGCGCUACUACGAAUCAGAAUCUUUUUAAAUGCCCUGUGUGUGAUGUGGUCAGUGCAAAUUCAACUGAAUCUCGUAAGCAUUUAGAAACGCACGCUGGUGUCAAAGCAUUUAGAUGCACAAUCUGUGGAUACAAAGGCAAUACAUUGCGUGGAAUGCGCACACAUAUUCGAAUGCAUUUCGAUAAAAAGACAAACGAUUUCAAUGAAGAAAAUUACAUAUCAUGUACCUUGGAUGACGAAAAUGCUGAAGCUGCUGCAACUAUAUUACCUUCACCUACACUAUUGAAUCAAGCUGCAUCACCUGAGAAUGCUCAGCCAGCGACCACAGCUGCUAUCGCACAAACAUAUCACUGUGAAAAAUGCACCUACACAUCAAUAUCUAAGGGAAAUUUGAUUCGACACAUAAAAAUUGCACACUCAACUGAUGAACAAAUUCCGUCGUCUAUAAUUUCGUCUCCUUUAAUUGGGGAAGGUGACGAGAGCUUAUUGUGCGAUGCUGAAACUGAUACACAAAAUUCAGCUAGAGUAAUUGUGAAAACGGAACCAUCAGAAUCAAAAUCUUCGGAUCGAUCACCAAUUCUUAUUCCAGAAUCAAAUGAUAUUGUCAUGAAUACCAUAAAAAUUGAGAAUGUCGAAAUCUCGGACAACGAAGAUGACGAAAAGAGUUCCGAUAUCGCCGAUUCUGAUUCGGCUCGAACAUUCCAAAGAAGUUCACACGUAACGAGAACACUUUUAAGUGGUGUAACAACAGCCAAUUCAAUUUCAUUAAAUGCAUCCACAUCUGGAGACGACAAUAAAUAUUGUCAUGUUUGCGACAUCAAGUUUAAGUAUAUGAGUUCAUAUAUUGCUCAUAAAAAAUCGUAUUGCCGAAAUGUUCCAAAUGAAUUGGAUAUUGGACCAGUCACACCAAAUCCACCAAGAUCGUCACCAAACCAGACAUCAGUCGUUACAUAAACAAUGAGCGUUACAUUUGUUUCAUUUUCAAUACACUUGUUUACCGAAAAUCGUUACUUUGAAAAUAAUAUUUGUUUGAUGUUUAGUUUUCGUAGAAGAUAUGUAGGUUUUUAACUUUAAACAAAUCAAAUAAUACACAUGACAUAAGAAACUAUUAAACAUGACGUUUACAGGAAUAAAGAAUGCGAUUUAUGCAUUCCUAAUUUAAUCGUUACUAACACAUAAAAUGUAUUCAGUAUAGUCUAUAUAUAUAAGUCUAUGUAUCAAUACACAAAAAUCGAACGCAUUCUUUCGUUGGCGUCAAAACGGUAAAAAUUAUUAUUUUCUAAACACUAAGGAAUUUCAUAUAUGAGAGAUGCAUGUGAUCCCAUAAUAAACUAAAUACGAAUUGAUAGCUUAAAUGCGCAUUCAUGUGGCGAUUAUUUAAUGAAAAAAUAAAAAUAAAAUGAUACCGGAACAAUCGACUGAACCUAACACAUAAUUAUAAAAACUAAAUAAGAAUUAUCUACUUGAUUCAAAUUCGGCACAUUUAAACCAUAUAUCACUAAAGGUAGUGUGUAUCCGUUCCAAGAUCCACAAUACUCUGCAUCAUCAUUUUCAAUUUCUUGUUAGAAAUAAUCAAUGAAAUAAAUUCUUGAUUCAAAGUUCAAGAGAAUUUAAAUUGAAAUAUAUUAGUAAAAAGAUCUCAUUUCAUAAAUUUGGCCAUGCGAAUAGUGACGAACGAAAUGCAGUAAUACCCAUUUCUCUACUUAAAAAAACACUUUCAAUUUAUUUUCGUUUUUUUAAAUAUGGCAUAGCCAUAAUAUUUGCCAAUGAAGAAAAAUAUCCAAGACUUUUUGCCAUAUUUGAAAUAAAUUUGUAACUUUGCAUAAGAGCUAAAAGCAUUCUAAUCCAAAUAUAAAUCGAUAUGCAUUUAUGACAAUUGUCAUUCAAGCCAAAUCGGAUACCGACAUGGCAAUUUUACAUUUAGAUUAGCAUUUGACAUUAUACAAAUAAUCGAUCUUGAAAUAAUCACACUGGAGAGUUAGAAAUAAAAGGCAGAAUAGCCAGAAGUUGGAGGUAGACGAUAAUCAAAAUAAAAACGAGAAAGAUUCUUAUUAUACAUGUAUGUAUUUAUAAUCAUAAUUAGUUUUGAAUGCAAAAAGAAAUUGACAAUAAAUAAUUUAAUAAUACCACAUUGAA